GGUGGUUUUUAUUCAUUUCGGGAACUCUCCUUUCACCUAGCUCGAGUCUUUUCUUGCUUCCCGGAGCUCUGAACUUGACCGACGCCAUUUUCACAUCAAAACGCUUCAACUAAAAAAAUGGCGUUCUUGUGGAACAAAACUAGUAUCGCUUCCCAUUUUCGAUCUCACUCUCAGAAGACUGAGGGUUUGGCUUCUUUUCCGCGCCGUCGAUUCCACGUCGAACCCGGGGCUCGUGAAAAAGCUCUCUUGGCAGAAGAUGCAACGCUGAAACCGUUCAAAUCAUAUAAGAAGAGUGUAAAACAGCUCAGAAAAAUUGGGAAUGCUCUGACAGUUGUUGUUGUUGCAGGAUGCUGUUACGAAGUAUAUGUCAGAGCUUUUACAAGAGAGGAAGCUCAGAAACUGUAAUGUCCUGAAAGUUCUGGAUGAAGCAAAUAUUGGGAGUUAGUUUUCUGUUUUGUUGUAUUUUUGUGGCAACAAUUUGGACGUUAUGAUUAGCCAUGUCAGAAUAAGCAGAAAAGCAUUUGAACAAAAAAUUGCUUGCUUGUGCAUUAGUUUUUUCACCAUUCCAAAUGUAUACUGUCUGAUGAUAAUGCUGAUUGGCUGAUCACAAAUCUGUGGCUUCAGGUGUGAGAAAUAGAUAGAAUUCGUUCAACAAAGUUUGCGGGCUAGUUAUUUGAGGGAGUGGUUGUGAUGAUCUGUGACAUUUUUAAUGCUUCCAUAAUCAAGCUUUGCCUGAAAUGUUGAUGAAUCUGAUAAUCAUAUUAA